UUCGGCAGAUGGAGUCGUCGGAUUGGCGCAGUAUUGGAAAUAUGUCAAGUCGCACUAAGUUUGGAGCGAUCGGAGACGCGAGUAAUGAGAAAGUAUGACUAAUUCAAACACCUGACUAAUAAAUGAAAGAAAAUAGCCCGCAAGACAACGGGUCAUGGGGAACUGCCUCGGCCGUUGUUUUGCCACCGUCACCGAUCCGUCGACGUACAGAUCAUAUCGCCGACAUUCGAGCAUGUGCUUUCAAGAGGAUGAACGUACCGAGUUCUGUCCACAGAGCGAUCGGGACGAGCGUACGAUGUCUUCUGACAGACGGAAAAGUUUGUUAUCGUUUCUUUCGUUGAAACGUUUCAAGAAGAGGCGCGGUGUCCCGAUUUCUUUGGAACUUGCCGAGGAUGGUGGGUGGCCCAUGGGCGGUAGCAAGUAUGUUAGGUUGAACUCCAGAAGUAACGUAUCAGUCAGUUCUGGCUUGGAUACAUCACUUCAAACUUUGGAUGCUAGAAAUUUGAUGAAACACGGCUAUGUGCCAACUCCUGCUUCAUCUUUGGAUCUUGAAUGGGAGCAUGAAGGCCUACCAAUAUCUCCACGAAGCGAUGUCAAUGCAGAAAAUACAGAUAACUCUCUUUCCUUCCCGUCUGUAAACAACAGUCAACCUUCUAGUCUGACCGCUUCACCGUGGUCCAGAGUAUCAACGCCAAAUAGCUUGGAAUGGGAUCCAGUGGAAGCAGAUAUAGUGUGUGUAGACGUAGAGACUGAGCAACUGCUAACAGAGAUUGAGAGACUGACAGAUAGGGCGCUAAAAGAGACUGGUGACUGGACUGGUAGUAGCUGAUAGAUCAUGGGAAAAUCAUAAAAAAAAAAGACGAUACGCUUGGGUCAGUUUGUAAAUUGCACAUUACGUUAAGAGAGAAAUGAUAACCGACAUAUACAUCCGUAAGAGUCUGCAAAUAAGGAAUUUCAGAAUAAGACAUAUUCCAGAAACGGAAGUCAGUGACUGUGGAAGUUGUGUCAUUAUUAUGUUUAGUGGCUGAUAUGAUAUCUCAGCCAACAUUUAGCUGGUACUAUAUGCAAAUAUGGUGUUAUGCAGCUGUCUUUGGAACUCUAUAAUCAUGUCAUAAAUGUGCUUUUACAUGGUUAUGAGCUUGUGGCGUGUACUUUUUCCUGACCUUUUUUAUUUACAGAUAAAAGCGGAAAUUGAUGCAACUUCCAGCAUUCACAUGUACAGAUAUCAUCUAUUAAUACAUCAUAUGUUUCGUGACAGGCUUUUUUGCUUUAAUCAUCAUCAAUUUGGAAAAAACGUUGACGUAGAAUUUGCUAUUACAAAAGCGAGAUUG